AUGAAUAAGGAAGAAACUAAGCAGCUUCUACAACCAUUAAUCAAUUCUCCACCGUUAACCGAUCAACUUCUACAACGGCCACCUUUUCGGUUUCUGUUGGACAUUGUCAUCGAAGUGUCAAAAGAAACAAACUUUUUAAAAGAUGUUUUCACUGCGGAAGAGCUUGACAUUUCCACAAUGAUUAACAAAGAAACCAAGGCAGCUUUUUUGAAGAAACUUAUAUCAGUCUUGAACACAGACGGUUCAUUAGACGAUGUCAAAGCUGGGAAAAUUUUAGCUGGAAAAGAGGCUGAAAAAACAAAUUUGCUUUUACAAAAGUUAGCCAAAGAAGCUGCGAAAUUUGCACGAAAAUAUGAUUCGGAGCAUCAAGAAAAUUGGAAGGAGAAUGUUAAAGAGAAGAAAACAAAAACAAAAGAGAAGAAAAGAAGCAGUGGUAGUUCUCGGUCAAGCAAAGAAAGGUUAAAACACGAAGAGCCGGAGGAAGGACCAUCAAGAGAGAAAGAAGAAAGGAAGAAACGGAAGGAACACCGAAGCCGUGAGAGAGCUUCAAGUAAAGAAAAUUUGCAAAUUGCCAAUAAAGACGAGAGCAAAUCAUCUGGAAAAAAUGGAAAGAAGUCGCAUGGGCGAAACGAAGAAAAGAGAGAACACGCCAAGGGGAACAAAGUUAAAGGGGAGGAGAAUCGCGAACAUUCCGGUAAAGUAAGUCACCUUGUAGGUGUUGGUGUUUUGCCGAUUCUCUUCCUCGCGGAUUCCGCUUUAACUAUUUCUUUAAAGCUGUUUCACUUCGAAGUCUGCAGAAAUAAAGCUUGUAGGCCCAUUGUACCCUUACCAACUAGACCACAAACAUCAAUGGGUCGACCUGGCACAGCUGUUGCGCGACUCGCUCCUCCAAAAGUAAAGAAAAAACAAGUCGCAGAGAUAGAAGUGAAGCCAGAGAAGGUAACACUUUCAUAUUCAAAAAUCCUCCUCUUUAACGUGCUUUUCAACGUAGAGAUUUUGAACCUCAAUUCCGAAGAGCAUGGAAGCCUUGUAAAAAAAAUACUGAGCACAAAAAAGGAACUUGAAGCUGGUCUCCAAGACGAUACUUUCGCGUCUACUAGUUUAUUUGACGAUAACCAGAGAAAUCAGCACAAAACUCAGGCGAGUUUCGUCGUCACCUCUAUCUUCAUAAUUUCCAUGUCAGACAUCAGCUGUAGAAAUUUGUUUUUAUAA